AUGGCCGCAACUCGAGGAGCCAAGAGACCAGUCGUGCGCAAGCAGGAGGAGGGAUUCGUCGGGGAGCUCAGGGAGCUCCUCCGGGAUCUUUUCGAUGCCAUGCCGUCCAUUCCACCUGCGCUGCGUUCGACAUUGGCCUUUGCCGUGCCCCUGGUGGCGAUUUUUCUCACCUUCCGGAAGCUGCCGGCCAUGCGGGUCGAGAAUGGAAGCGUUGACAGCUGCGAUCCCAUCAGGACGUACGGAGAGAUCACCAAGAGCGGUAUGCUCUCCGUAGCCCAACUGGCGGCAAAACCAGGCGGCGUCUUCCUUGACAUUGGCUCCGGCAACGGUGCCUUCGUCCUCUGGGCCGCGUCGAAGCCGCCCGAGGGCGGCGGCUACAACUACAGCCGAGGAGUUGAGGUCAUGCUGGAGCGCCAUCAGCAAGCUCUCGCCAAAGUGUCGGAAGCUUCCCAGCGCCGCGGCAAAGUCGACCUGGUCCAUGGCAACAUCCUGGAACACCUCCAGCUACUCUCUGGUGUGAUGUUGGUCUACUGGAACAACCUUUGCUUCUCCUCCUCUGAGUCAAAGGCCGUUCUUCAGGCCUUCACGCAACGUGCGCCGCGAGGCGCCACUCUGGUGACCCUUGCAGAAUUGAAGAUCGAGGCCGGCGCGCUGCCAGCCCUCUCAGUCAGGCGUGGUACUUCUUCGCUCCAGAUGGAGUGGCGCGAGGAAGGGUACUUGCCCUUCGUGUACACUCGGACGUGA